AUGAAAUAAGAUAGAAAUUUUUCAAUGUCUGGAAGAAGUACAUCUCCACAACUUAAAACUUAAAAGACUCAAAAGUUAAACAAAAACCUUUAUUCACAAUAAUCAUCAUCGUGCAAAACUAACUCAAAAUCAUAAGAAAAGUAACCUCUUUAACCUAAAGAAAAAGAAAGAAAAAUACUUAAUUUCAUUAAAGAACUUGAAGUUUAAUAACAAAAGGAGAUAAUUAAUUAGAAAUUAAUCCACCUUUACCUAAAGGAUGCCUAAAUAUUAUGUAUUUAAUUAUAGUUCUAUUUUAGUACCUAUUAAUGAAGAUCAAGACUAUUCAGAAUUAAGGAGAUAAUUACAUUAUCACUAAAAUUAUCACUAAAACUUUUCAUCAUCAAUGAUAAGUGAAUAUGUCUAUCUUGGAUAUAGUCUUUCAAACUAAUAGAUCUCAUAUAAAUUGAGAGCCAAGAUGAUUAAUUGGAUGAUUGAAGUUUUAGGAAAUUAUAGUGAAACUACUUCUGAUGCUACAUUCUUCAGAUCUAUUUCUAUUAUGGAUUAUUACCUCAAAAAAACCAUAUUCCAAUAUACUGAUAAUCAACUUCAUCUUAUUGGUAUCACUUCCAUGUUUAUUGCUACUAAAAUUGAAGAUAUCUAUCAAAUUCCUUUAUAAGAUUUUGUAACUAGAAUUUGUCACAAUGAAUAUUCAAUGUAUAAUUUAUUUUUAUUUCUAGAUCUAAAAUCAAAGAAAUGGAAUAAUCAAUAUUAGAAACUUUGAAUUUUGAGAUCACAUUUCCAACAGCAUUAGAUUUUUUGAAAAAUAUCUUUUACUAAUGUUUUAGUUUGAAUGAUAAGUAAUUAUAAUUAAUUAUAAAUUUUAGUCCUUAUUUACAAAAUAUUUUAGAUACCAGUAUUUAUAUUUUGAAAAUGUGUCUACACGACUAUUCUAUGACAUCCUUCAAUUUAUAUACCUUAGCAUCUUCAUCACUUAUUUAUUCCAUCACUGAUUUUGUCAACAAAAACUAUUUAAAUAAUCAAUAAAUCAUCAUUAAUUAAUUUGUAAUUUAUUUAUACUAUCCAUUUAGUAAAAUAAAAUAGUGUAAAUCUUUUAAAUUGAUUAAAUCGAGCUUAAUUUAUGUGAAAAAAAUUUAUAGGAUUUGAUAGAUACUUUUCAAUUUAAAUAUCCUAAACUCCACAAUUUAAGAAUUUUUUCAUGA